UCUGCCUGAUUUACGGCUCUGCUGAAAACCGCUCCUCCGAGCCGCAGCCUCAGCCCCGGCCGCCGCCGCAGCAACAAGUCUGGAUUUUCAGAGUAAUGCAACAGAAGGCUUUUGAGGAAAAUAGAUACCCCUGGCAAGAGUCCUUUGAAAAUGUUGCUGUGUGUCUGCCAUUCCGCUGCCCACGGUGUGGAGACCAUACCCGCUUCAGAAGCUUGUCUUCCUUGAGGGCCCAUCUGGAGUUCAACCACAGCUACGAAGAGAGGAGCCUCAUGACAAAAUGCAGCCUUUUUUCUCCCUUCAAAGACCCAGACCUGAUCACUUCCUCAGAGCCACUGAAACUGGGGAGUGGCAGCCGAGCAGUCAAGCAGAAAUCGAGCUACGUGAACUUGUGUAACCUGUCCCGGGAAAACCUGAAGGACAGGAAGUCCCUCCAGGUGGUGGCGGAGAGGCCCGUGUCUUUCCUGCCCAUCUACACCUCUAUAGACUCCUUGGGUGGCCCAAGGUCCAGCCCCGGGCUGCCCACCACGGAUGCCAAAGCGUCCUUUGAGGCCCACGUGAGGGAAAAGUUCAAUCGGAUGGUUGAGGCAGUGGACAAGACCAUCGAGAAGAGGAUUGACAAACUGACCAAAGAGCUUGCGCAAAAGACCGCGGAACUGUUGGAAGUCCGGGCAGCUUUUGUGCAGCUGACUCAGAAAAAACAGGAAGUCCAGCGGCGAGAGAGGGCCUUGAACCGGCAGGUGGACGUGGCGGUGGAGAUGAUCGCUGUGCUGAGGCGGCGGCUUACGGAGUCUGAAGAGGAGCUUCUCCAGAAGGAAGAAGAAGUUGUCACGUUCAACCAUUUCCUUGAAGCGGCUGCGGAGAAGGAAGUCCAGGGUAAAGCCAGACUACAGAAUUUCAUCGAGAACCUCUUACAACGGGUUGACUUAGCUGAGAAGCAGUUAGAGUAUUAUCAAAGCCAGCAGGCCUCGGGCCAUGGCAAGGGUGCCAGCGAGCACUUGUUUACAGACAUCGCCUCAAAUAGGAAACCCAAAUGCCUGUGCCGCGGGGGCCCUCACUCUGCAGGCCACAACCCCGACCUCAAGGCCUACUUCCACCCAAAGGGAAGGAAUUCCCUGAAGAAAGCCAAGGACGAACGAGGGAGUGUGCAGUCAGCUCGGUUUGCCCAUGACCUUGCUGAUUCCCCGAGAGAGCUCUGGAGACCUCUGAAGAAAGUCGAGCCUCUGGGCCCAGCCAGGAAAGUCAACGUCAAGGCAAAAAUGGUCAAAAAAAAGUCGCUGGCCAUCGUGAACAUCAUCUGAAGAGGGUGGGGAUCUCUGAGCUGCCAGUCCUAAGCUUUGGGGAAGGGAAAGAAACUUGAUCAAGGAACCACUCAGCCAGUCCCAUGGUUGACACAUUAACUUUGUGUGAACAGGAAAACCUCAGUUAACUAGACCUCAAUUAACCACAGCAUUAAGUUAACCACCUCUGAGGACCACAUCACUUUAGAGGCAAGUCACUAAAAUAAACAAACUCAUAUUAAUGCCCCAAACCCUUAUCCUCAGUAUAUGCUUGAUGACUCUUAACAAUUCUACCUAAUUCUCUCCCUCUUGUAAGUAUACAGUGCUAAUCAGUGAUCAUUGAUUUUCUGUACCUAAGGCUACAUAGUGGCCUUAGCCAUCAGAGGACUAGUCAGCUAUACUCCCUGACUUACUAAGAUAAAAAUGAAUUUUAUAAAGUUUUUUCCCCCUAACAACAAAGAUUGAGACAAAAAAAGUGACACUACCUUGUGACCUUACACAAGUCACUUAACCUCCCUGGGCCUCAGUUUCCCCAUCUGUAACAUCAGGGGGUUGGGCUAGAUGGCCUUUGAGUCUCCUUUCAACUCUUGAUCUAUUAUCCCCCAGUCCUAUAAUUUCUUCUUGACUCACAGUUUAAAAAUAAAUUUGAAUAAAUCAAUUGACCAGAACCCCUAUUUACUCAACCUUCUGGUUCAUUGAGGUUUUGCUGCUGUUGAGUUUACUCAAGUGAAAAUGUUGGUUAUAGGGUUAUGUUUUUUAUUCUGCUAGAAGGCAGCGUGAUUUGUUGAUACAAGCACGGGAUUUGGGGUCUAGAACCUAGAUUCAAAUCUCAUCCUUGAUAUUUAUGAGAUGUGUGACUUUGGACAAGUUUGGGUUUGGGCUUAGGUCCCUCCCAGCUUCUAGGAUCCCACGUAGAGCCUGAUUUGGGUUCAUCUCUGUCCUUUACUACGGCUGUAUAUUCUGCACCCAGACAGCCUGAUGCUGCCGGCAUGUUCUUAUACUAGCAUCUCCUUAGUCACCUGUGGCUGUACUGCCUAUUGAAUCAACACUCGGAGUUCUCAGCCCCUGGGUCUGCCUGACUGCAUUGACCAGUGGGCAUCUUCUUUAGUAUUGCCGUAUCCUGGGUCUGCAGAUACUAGAAAUAUCAGCACGGCUUUCCGCCUGUGGCACGUGCUCUGUUGACAGUGCUUGCUUCCUAUCAGUCGUAGUAAAUGGAUGUGAAUUUCUCUCUGAUAUCCUUUCUUCCCAGGCUGCCUUGUUCUUCAUUCCUUAGAGCUUCUCCUCACUCUUAUGAUUAGUAUGCCCACUAAUCUUGCCUUGACCCUAACAUUUGGUAUGCUUAAUGUAUUAGCCUGUCUGUUGAAGUGAUCUUGAAGUUAAUGAGGCUAGGCCAGCCCCCUCCAGUCCACUAGGGGCCUCCUUGGAGAGUAACUUCUAUUUCUUCUAAGGUGUGUCCAUUUGGAAGCUUCCCCGGAAUCAUCCUUUGCUUCCAGGAACAGGUUUUUAAACCACCAUUUUUCACAGUAAGAGUAUCAGACCCCACAAAGAGCUCACAAGUGCUGACGUCCUUCUGGAAUUAUGAUCAAGGUCAAUCUUGUCCACAAGACAAAGGUCCAUGUAUAUAUGACUCCAGUACAUGCAUAAUUUAUUUUUAAAUACUCAUGGGGAGGGGGGAUGAGGGGAAAGAUAUGUGUCUUUGUGUGUGUGUGUGUAUGCGGGGGUGAUUUUUAAGUGACCUAUAUAAUUACAAUGAUAUCUAACUAAAUGAACAUUAAUUAGUCAGAGUCUUUUGCUCUGGUCAUUACUGCCAUAAGCACCAGACUAGUCAUAAGUUGGAAAUGUGCAAUGAGGAUUUAAUGACGUGGAAGAGCAGUCUGAUGAGAGAUGUAACUAGUUGGUGCACAUUACACAUCACAGUAUUCAAACCUGUCAUAGUGAAGAGUUACCAUCCCUCGACCUUGGUGGUUAUGGAGGUGGGGUGUUCAUGUUGUGUAUGUGAAGGAGUCCCGUGGAUAAAGUGCCCAUGAGUGUCACUGUUUAGGUUGAAAGUCAUGUUGUAAAAAAAAAAAAAUUGGUAAGGUAACAUAGAUAUUUAUUUGGGGCCCUGAUGUGCCCCAGACACUAUUUAUUCUUACUGUUCAUAACCUAAUUGCACUUUAGAAUUUCUGUACUGAUCCAAUGAGUUCUCAACUAUAUUGCAUGCCCUCCUUUCUGUCAGGUAAUGUGUGUAUGAUGUGAUGACAGCGUAACGAAUGCUUUGCUGCGGGUUGAGCGGCCAGAAACACUUAUCUCUCUGUGUCCCUUUGAGUUACGGCAACUGACGUCUUCAGUUUUCUUUCAACAUGCCUAGAGGAAAUAACAACCCCUUCCUUCCGGGUGACAAACAGUGAUCACCCAAAGUACCACAAUGUCACAUGAGUGUCAUACAUGUGUAGAGAGAAGUGAACAACUCUGCGCACACCAGAGCAAUGAACAGGCUGUGAUUUUUGUUGCUAGCAGGGAUGUGGGCCUUACCUAGCCUUUUCCUUCUUGUCUCUAGGUUUAUUUGCAUCACAAUCAGGGAGCAUUAUUGGAGUAGAAGAAGGAAUCAUUGUCCCAGCCCCCAUACACAUCCUGUGGGGCUUUGUAGACUAGGAUCCUGAAAAUGAGUUUGGGGGGAUUUACAUCAAUCAGAGACUUAGUGGGAGUUAAAGGAAUUUUCCAAACCUACGCCGGGUCUUAAGGUGGGACCAGGAAACUGGAAUUAGCACCAGGAGAAUUGUGGUCAAAAGAAUAAAGUUCAUUUCAGCUUAUAGGCUUCUGUUAGCUGUCCUAUGCUAAGCAUUAAAGAAUCUUUAGGUUACUCUUGCCAUGAAAAAGCUUAGUAUCCCCUAAAUCCUAGACAGCAAUCAGCAAAAAUCAAUAGAAGGCCAUAAGCUAAGAGUAAGUUUAUGCUUUUGAUUGUUUCACUCUUGGUGCUGACCCAAAGGCCUUGGCCCCAGCAAACUCUCUGACAUGGAAUUAGAAAAUUCCUUUAAACCUUGAUUGGGAGUCUUUGUGCCUAAAACCCAUUUCAUGAACUCUACCCAACACUUCAGCUCUCAUAAUUGUUACUAAUUGGUAGGUAAAUAAACUUAAGAGCAAGGACAGAGGGACCAAGUAAAGUGAAUAGGGCUCCAUAUUUUGCUCUACAUUCUUGUCUGGCCUCAUUAUAUGGAUGGGUCAGCAAGAAAUCAAAAAGGUUAGCAUAUUCUAGUCAGCCUGAAAGUACCCAUCUCUCUACACUAAUUAGACAGGGGAAACAAAACUGAACUUUGUGUAUUACAUACAUAUAAUUGAUGUGUCUUCUAUACAUUCAUUAGGAAUUAAAAAAACAACAAAUUACAGCUAAAUUCUAAGCUCACCAAAAGGACGGAUGUCACACAUGUGGGGUGCCAUGUAUCUAUUCUUGCUUUAUUUAGCCAAGGAAGAAAACCUGAAAUGGGAAGCCUGGCUUGCUCCUGUGGGGUCAUUCUAUGGGCUGUGCCCUGGGUUACCAGCCCCAGUUUGUACAUAUUGAGGGAGACAUUCGCAGCUAAAGUUGAUACUUUUUAUAGGUGGCACCAAAGGUACAUGGCGGAAAACGUUCAGUGUUGAACAAAUCAAUCUAUUUUUUUUUUAUUUGUUCAGGCUUGAACUUUUUUUCUUUUCUUUUUAAACUGGAUUAUAAAGUCUUAAUGCUUAACAAAAGUCUUAAUUAAGUUCAGGUUACUUAAAGAUACUGUUUUGCAACCUACUGCAGGGCCAGUCCGUUGUAGAGAAGUUGGAAUAUACUGUUACCAGAGUUUUAAAAGAAAAUGUUUUUAGACUAUGGGAAAUUCUAAUAAUAAAGCUAUAUUUCUGAGUAA